GCGCGGCCCGGGGCGGUGACACUGCCGCCGUUCCCCAGGGCUGCGCCGCGGCCCCAGCGCCGCCCGCGCCGGGGGAGCCCGGCCGGGCCGCGGCUCCGGCAUGGCCGGCGGGGCCGCCGCGCUGCUGCGGUCCGCGCUGCUGGUGCUGCUGCUGGGCUCCGGCCGGCCCGCUCUCGCAGUAUCAUUUUAUGGUGAUAGCUUUGUGGAGCUGAAGAUGGCAGAAGCAUUCCCUCAGACAUCCUUACAGUUGCAGUUUCGAACAAGCAAGCCACAGGGACUGCUUCUUCUUGCAGCUGGGAAGACUGAUUAUUGUUUAAUGGAGCUACGUUCAGGAUAUGUACAAUUAAGAAUUAACUUUGGUGUGGGAGAACAAGUACUGCAUUCUCAGCAAAGAUCUCAGCUGAAUGACUUGGCUUGGCACCUGGUUGAACUGUAUCAUGAACAAGAUAAUGUCACGCUGGUAAUUGAUAAACAUGAUAGAACUAGUGCAAAAAUGCCUGGGAUUCUUUAUGAAUUAAAUGUUGAUUAUGGAUUCUACGUAGGUGGUACUGGCAAACUUGAUGUUCCCUACAUUGUUGGAGCACUACCCAGUUUCCGAGGAUGUAUUGAUGGUGUGUCAUUCAAUCAGUUAGACAUUCUGAUGCCUCUGAGACCUUCUCCUGGCUUCAAAAACAUCCAUGAAGUUUCAGUGGGGUGCAGUGAUGAAUUCUUUGCAGGUGAAGAAGAACCCAUUAGUCUCUUCAGUUCCAGGUCCUAUAUUUCUUUCCCAUCGUGGCAUGUGGACGAUGAGGGAAUCUUUGAGUGUACUUUACAAACCUCAGCUGCGUGUGGAUUGCUGCUUUACCACCCUGGGCAAGCAGGAGAUUUCAUUGCAAUGGAAAUGGAAGAUGGUUUAAUUAAAGCUUACAUUGGAAAACAUAAAAGUAGAACCCAUCUUUCUUCUCGUGGGUCAGUCAAUGAUAGUCAUUGGCACUACAUCAAACUGAAAUUUACUGCAGAAUAUUUGCAGCUAACACUGGAUGAAGAAACUGUGAAAAAGUCAUUACCUCCCCAGAGUAAGUUGCCACUUCUGAAGGGAUCCUUCUUUGUAGGUGGUGUAGAAGACAGCAUACGAUCAGAAGUGAUUAAAUUAAUGUCAGUAUCUAGGAAGUACGCCAGAGGAGUAUCCUUCAAAGGCUGCUUAAGGAACCUGAAAGCCAAUUCAGAAAAGAAAUCACUGAAGAAUGUUCUAGUAACUAAGGACAUUUCAGCUGGAUGUGAAAUGCAGAGUUCUUUUAAAGCAAAUUUUUCUUUAGAGACGGCUGUAAAGAACCCUUCUGUGAAAACAGCGCCUGUAUUUACCAUUUCCCAUGAAAACUCAAUUUCUCUGGGGAAGGAAGAAAAAAGCCACCUUUUAGUUCUGAGUAACUUGGUUGUGCUAGAGGGUGAACAGGCUUCACUUGAAUCUAAGCAUAUUAAAGUUAACUUAGACUUUCAGAAAUUAGGAAUUAAUCAGUCACAAAUUCUUUUUGAUAUAAAGGAACCACCCUCUCAUGGACACUUGAAACUGAACAUUGAACCGUUGCAGGAGGUAAAUACAUUUACUAUGCAGGAUGUGUGGCAAGGGAAGAUUCUGUAUGUCCAUGAUGGCUCUGAGGACACUUAUGAUUAUUUUAAUUUCUCCAUUUCUGUCAAGAGUGAGAAGAUUAUGUCUCCAUAUUUGGAAGGAACUGAGCAGCAUAUGUUUAGCAUUUCUGUUACUCCAGUAAAUGAUGCACCUGAGAUCAUACUUCCUGAGGGAAACUUGCUUCUUCUCUUAGAGAACUCAAAGAAACGUUUGACUAAUGACCUGAUAAAAGUUGUAGAUAAAGAUACAGAUUCUGUAGGUCUCAGACUUUCAGUGCUUGGAAAUUUGAAUGCAGAUGCAGGAUUUUUAGAAAAUUCAAGGCAUCCUGGAAAAGCUAUCACUACUUUUUCUAAUGAGGAUUUAAAGAAAGGCACUGUUUUCUUUGUCCACACGGGCGUCAAGAACUCAAGGAUUGUUCUCAGGGCAAGCGAUGGUGAGAAGAUGAGCAACACUGUUGUGUUACGUGUCAUGGCAGUUCCUUUGGAUUACAGAGUUGUCAACAACUCAGGAAUAAAUCUCCUCCAAGGUGCUACAGCUCUUAUAAGACCUAGGCAUCUGGCAGUUGAAACAAAUGCUGUCCUCCAGGAGCUGGAGAUAUGGUUUGAGAUCACAGAGCCCCCUCACUUUGGUCAGGUCCAAAAGCAGCAUUCAGGGGGGGUGUGGAAGCAAGUCAGCUCUUUUUCUCAACGCUCUCUUCAGCGCAGCCGGGUGAGAUACUGUAGCACUUUUAAAGACAUUCAGCUGGAAAACCUUACCGACCAAUUUAAGUUCAAAGUUAGCAUAGGCAACAGAAUCAGUGAAGAGCAUACAUUUCCAAUCAAAGUGAAAUGGUUAAGGUACAGUCUGUUGAAACAUGCUCCUCUAGAAAUUGAAAAAUCAAAAAAGAAGUACUUGAAUUCUGGUAAUCUUUUUGCUGUGAUUGCAGAUCUAGAAAUACCUGAAGAUGAGCUUCAUUUCAAACUUUUGUCCCUACCAAAGAAUGGACAGAUACUGCUUAAUGACCAGCCGCUGAAAAAAGAUUCAGUCUUUAGCCAAAAAGAUAUUACUGAUCAAAAAGUGGCAUAUGAAUUAAUCCAGUACCAUGAAGACUAUGAUUCAUUUAGAUUUUUCAUUUCUACAAAGUAUCUGGAUUCAAAUUUCUAUGACUUUGAAGUCUACAUCAAAUCAGAUUUCAGAAACAUUAUUUUGACUAACAACGGCCUUAAUGUUACUGAAGGGGAAGGAGAAUUAAUAACAAGCACAAAAUUGUUUGUGCAAACACCAGAUAAUAAAACUUUCCAAUAUGAAGUUAUACAGUUUCCUAAGCAUGGGAUAUUAAAAUUUACUAAUUUUUCUGGUUUAUGUGAGAAUAACAGCAAUCUUAUAACUUUCACCAAUAAAGAUAUAACUGAUAAGUGCCUUAUGUAUGUGCAUGAUGAUUCUGAGACGAUGUUUGAUGAAUUUCAUGUCAGAGCUUUCAGCAAAGAGCCAGGAAAAGGGACAAACUUUGAUCCAGGAGCAGAACCUUUGUCAGUAGAAAUUAGAUUCUGUAUUUCUGUUCAGCUGAAGAAUGAUGAGAAACCAGUUCGUGUAAUUGAUAAGAUAUUUGACGUAGUGAGGAACGGGCAGCGAUUAUUAACUUUGGCAGAUCUUUGCUAUCAUGAUCCUGAUUCUGAUUUUGAUGAUGGACAGUUGCUAUAUACUAGGCGUGGUAUUUCCAAUGGGGACUUGGUGCUAACAAAUGAUACUUUGCAUAAACUCUACCAAUUCAAACAAGUGGACUUGGAGCAAAAGCAAGUCCUGUUUAUACACCAUGGUGCAGAUUUUGGGCGUUUUGUGCUUUUUGUGACAGAUGGCAAGCACUAUACUUCCUUGCUUCUGGAAGUUAAUGCGACUGAUCCUUACGUUAAGUUGGCAAAUAAUACGGGAUUAUUGGUUCAAAAAGGGAAAGAAGAAACUGUUUCAACAGCUAACCUGAGUGCUACUACCAACCAAGACAUAAGAAAUGAUCAUGAGCUUACAUAUGAAAUACUCUCUUUCCCAAAAUAUGGAAGAAUAUAUGUGCAUAAUGUAUUAAUGGAUUCCUUUACUCAGCUUGAUCUGAUAAAGGGGUAUGUGACCUACAGACAUGAUGACAGCAACAACCUUAUGGACACAGUUAACUUUACAGUCCGUGCUGGAGAUGCCCAUCUGUCUGCUGGACUACAGAUUCGUGUAUAUUUGGAAAGUCAGCAGAAGCCACCAAGGAUUAUGAACAAAAACAAUCUCUUGGUUGAGGAAGGAAAACCAGUUAAAAUCAGUAAAGGAAAACUGCAAGUUGUUCAUGAAAAUAGCUCUCCAUCUGAGAUUGUGUUCACAGUAAGACAAGUUCCAGUACGCGGAUACAUUCGGAAGUUUUCCUCAGAAGAAAGUUAUCUCAGUUCUGACCAAGGGCCAGCUCUGAGCUUCACACAGCAAGAUGUCGACGAGGGCAAAGUUCAGUAUGUGCAGACAGUUUCUGACCAACUAGAGGACCAUUUUAUUCUGGAUGUGACCAAUGGUGUCAGAACAGUAAGUGGAAUAGAGAUCUCUGUAGACAUCAUCCCCAGAAUGAUUCCACUGGAAGUACAGAACUUUACGGUAUUAGAAGGGGGUUCAAAAGCCCUGGUGGAAGACUAUCUAAAAAUUUCUAGUAGACAUUUUGCAGGACUCAGCUGUGAAUUCAUUUUAACUGAGCAGCCAAAACAUGGGUAUGUUGAAAACUCUCGUCUUCCUGGAAUGAAGUUAACCUCAUUUACCAGAAAACAGGUGGAACAAGAAUUAAUUUACUAUGUUCAUGAUGACAGUGAAGAACUGAUGGACAGUUUUACUGUGAUAGUAAAUAACACGGAGUUGUGGAAACGAAGUUUACCUCAAACUGUGUUUGUAACUGUUACUGCAGUAAAUGAUGAAGCUCCCAUUGUAAAAGCAAACAGGAUUCUUCAGGUCUGGGUGGGUUCAGUCACAGAAAUAACUAUUGAUGACCUCUGUGCAGAAGACAAGGACUCCUCACCAUCAGAACUGGUGUAUUCCAUUACUCCACCUAGCAAUGGGCACUUGGCUCUGAAGUCUUCUCCAAGCAAGAGCAUCCUUACUUUUACCCAGGCUCAUAUAACUGAAGGGCAGCUGGUAUUUGUUCACAAUGGAGCAAUGUCUGGAGGAUUCAGCUUUCAGGUAACAGAUGGUUUGAACUGUGCACCCCGACAGAUUUUCAGCGUCACGGCUCGGACGCUGGUCAUUAGCCUUGAAGUGAACAAAGGGCUCGGAGUCUUUCCAGGUUCCAGGAAACCUAUUUCACAACAUGAUCUGAAAGCUGUAACCAAUGAUGUGACCAAUGCAGGAAACAGAACUAUAACUUUUGUGGUUGUAACUUCCCCAAAACUUGGAAGGCUGAUCAGAGUAGAUUCUGAUGAUACUACACAGGAAAUCUUCAGUUUUACGCAGUCUAUGGUUGAUGAAGGUGUGAUCAUGUAUGAACACUUACAUGCUGAGUCAGCUGACUGGAGUGCAGAAGAUUUCUUUACAUUUACUGUCUCCUCUCCACCAUCAGCUCUGGAUAUCCAGAUGUUCCAUGUUCUCAUUUCAUAUGAGAUUGACAGGCAUGAUCAGAAUAGUCGUCUUCUAGCAAAUACAGGUGUCGUAGUCCAGGAAGGAGGUAGAGUAAUAAUCAACAGAACAAAUUUAGAUGCUUCAAACCUGUUGAUUAAGCUACCUGAUGUACAGCGCUCCAUGUAUGAAGUCUGGUAUCAGGUUCUGUCUUUACCUCAACAUGGCAUGAUUGUUGUUGGAGAACGAAACGUUACCCAUGAAAAGCCUAACUUCUCCCAAUAUGUACUGGACAAAUUUGGAAUCAUGUACAUACAUGAUAAUUCUGAAUCUCUAAAUGACAAUUUCACUUUUGCUGUUUGGUUAAACCUAAAGAGCAAGCCUGCUAAAAAGCCCGAUAGUGAAGUUUUAGAGGAGAUGUUUAAUAUCACUGUUUUCCCAGUGAAUGAUCAAUCUCCAGAACUGAAGACUAAAAGGCUGCACUUAAAAGUCCUGCAGGGAGAUGUGUCAGUGCUGGGGGCAGAGAAUCUGAAAGUUGAAGACUUAGAUAAUGCCCCAGCUGAGCUGAAAUACACCAUUAUUAGCAACCCCAAUAAUGGUUACUUAGCAAUGGAAAGCAAUCUCAAUGUCUCUAUAAAAGAUUUCACACAAGCUGAUGUUGACAGUGGUAAAGUCUGGUUUGUACAGGAUGGAAGUUCAUCUUCUGGGGUGUUUUAUUUCAGUGUGACUGAUGGUAAACAUCGCCCUUUAUACAAACUGUUCAGUCUUGAAGUCAUACCAAUUGCACUUGUCCUAGUCAACCUUACUGAUGUUGUUCUGCCACAGGGCCAGACAUCUGUCACUAUCACUGAUGUUCAGCUUUCAGCUGUCACAAAUGGAAAAAGCACUAAUAUCAUGUAUGAAAUAACUCAGCCACUCAAAUAUGGGCACCUCAUGAUUGGAAAUGAGCAGGUUACUAAAUUUGAGCAGGCAGAUUUGUACUCUGGAAGGCUCUCUUACCACCUGACAAAUCUCACUGCUUCCAGUGAAGUACUGGAGUUUAUGCUUUUUACUGCAGAAGGCAAUCUAACAGGACAAGUGCUGAACAUCACAGUGAAGCCUUUAGUACAAAUCAUAUCUGACCUCCAGAUUUCAAAUCAAGCAGCUUAUAAAUUUGGAAGCAGUGACCUGGAUGCUUCUGAGCUAGCCAAUUUGACAAACAGUAAUCCUAGAUUUGAAGUGAUAGUGCCUCCUUCUCACGGAAGGAUUGUAAAGAAAAGAUUUGUGGAUGAUGCAGUGUUUGAAGAUAUUCAGGUGUUCACCCAGGCUGACAUUGAUAGUGGUGUUCUGCUGCUAGACAUAGACACAAAUAUGACAGGCAUCGAUCUGUUGAAUGACUCAUUUACAUUUAUACUCAGGGCAGAUGCUGUGCAGCCUGCUAUUGGCUGUUUCCAGUAUUCCAUCGUGCCACACAGUCGUCCACUUGUGCAGGGUUUAACAACAGAAGUGCCCUUUGUAACCAGCACAACCACUUUCAAGACUCACUCUACCUCAAAGGAUGCAGCACUAUCCCCCUCACAGAAUGAAGAGCCUGCAGUAGCACCACAGAAGAGUGAACCAACGAUAUGGCCAGGGCAGAAUCACUGGGAAAACCUGCAUGAGGGAAGUCCAUUGCUGAAUCAGGCAGUGGGAACAACUGCAUCUGUGGAGUUGAAGCCUACAAACCAGGUUAAUGCUAGGAGUCCCAGAGAGCAGGCAAGUGAAAGCAACCCUUGGUACAUCAUUAUCCCCCUGGUCCUGGUGUCUGUGCUGCUCAUUGUUGCUGUUACUUCUGUGUGCAUUUUGCUCAUGUGUAAGAAGAAAGAGAAGACAAAACCUUCAGUCAAAAGUCAAACAGAUGCAGUCCUCAGUAGUACAGAUCGAUGCCUGGAACGGAGCUUGACUGUGCCCACUGUCACAGUGACUCCACUCCUGAAAGGAACUGAGACAAGUACAGGUUCAACAUCUGUGGCAGUAAAACAUGAACAGCUGCUUCCUACUGUGGUUUCUCCAACUACAGAAAGGUAUCUGAAAAACAGCUUUUUAAAUCUUGACCCUGAAAUGAUCCAAUAUUGUCGGAGGACAAACCCGACUUUGAAGCGCAAUCAGUACUGGUUAUAGUUACACCAGUUUUGGUCAUGCUAAUUGAUGUAGUAUGGAAAAGUGAAUAUAUAUUGUUGACAUAUACUUUGUUCUUUAUUACACUCAUUAUUAUAAAGGUCAGAUGAUACGUUGUGUGUUAGAUGAAAUCUAAAUACACAUGAAAUAAUGAUAACGAUAAUCAUACUGAUUACAGUGGCCAUAAUAGAAGGUUUGCAGUUGCUAUGUCAGCAAAAUUCUCACUUAAUUCAGUGGGGAAUUUGUCCUCAUGGAUUUUGAGUGCACCCCAUAUAUACAGUGUUUUUUUCCCAUGACAGAUAAAAUAGAAUGGUCUGUCAUGGAUUAUAUAUUUUUAAUAGAAUUUAUUGUGUUCUUUUUAAAAAAACCCCUAAUUUUGCUAUAAAGGUCUUUUAUUCCUUCUGAAUCACUACUUCUCUUUGAAGAACUUCAAAUUGUUUCAAUAAUUUUUCCAUGGUGCUAAUUUCAAUAAUGUAAUUUUGACCUGAAGGCUGUUCAGAGGACAAUACUAAAGAAACAAAACUGUGAAUAUUUUGACAGAUCACUGAAUUGGAUAUCCAGAAUUCAAUUCAGCAACAACAAUACAGCAGUGAAUAAGGAUUCUGGUGGAAUAGUGUGAGAUGCUGUUUGUUCUUUUGGUUUCUUUUUUACUUAUUGGAUACUGAACUCUAGCCUUUAGUGUAUGAAAACUGGUAAAAUACAUCCUUUACCUCUACUCCACAUGGCAAAAACUGAGUGUCUGUCAGUCAACCUGUCUGCUUAAUUACCUUUAGGCUUAGAUUAUGUCUGGAUGUGCAUAAAAUUUCCUGCUCCUGAAAAAAGGGGUAAAUUCUGCUUUCAGUGAAGCAAACACAGGUUUCUUUUGAGUCUAUGUACUCAAGCAGAUGGCAGUAGAAUCAAGUCCUGCGCUGCAUACUGUCAUGUGUCCUGGAGCUACUGACAGAAGCCAUCCUGCAGUGUAGUAUGCAUCCUCUUCUGAAAUUUCACAGUUUACCCUUCAUCUUCCAGAGCACUGAACAAAUAUGCUUUAUGUACUACUACCAAGUACUGCUGUGCUCCAACUUUGCUCUGGUGAUAAAAUGUGCAAUAAUUUCUCUGCAAAGAGAGUUUUUCACUAUUUUUGGAAAUCCAAGCUCAGUAGUGAUGUGCAGUCUCCAGUUAAGGCCCAGUUUUAUUUCCACUGAGAACAAAUAACAAAAUGCUGAUUGACUACAAAAAAUGAACUGACUUUAAGGAAAUGGUGCUGUGGUCACAACCGGUCUCUUAUUAACAGUGAACUCCUCAUCUAUUUUUUGCUUUUAAAUUGCUACAGCUUCCAUACAGCCUCUUUAUAAAAACACUGUUCUUAGCAGUCUCAGCACUCAGUAAACACUGGAAUACCAUUUUUAUGUAGGCCUGAUUUUAUUUAGCUAUUGCCAUUUUUGCUUUUAUUGGAUGGAUUUACUGACCUCAAGAUCCUUGGUGCUAUUCAUUUCACUCUACAUUGUUUUGGAUGAUUUUUUAAAUUGUUGAUGAUUAAGUGUGUUUCUGUCAUUUGUAGAUUGCAGUUAUGGGAAAUUUUCACCCACAAGGAGGGCCAGAUGUAAGCUGUGCUUACUGCUGUGUUCUGGGAGCUGGACACAGGAGCUCACAGGCGUGGGGGUAGUCCUCAUCUUCACCACCUCUGCUGUGGUGCACUUUUUAGAGCCUACUUCAAGAAGCCUAGUCCAUGUCAGUGGAAAAUAAACAAGCCACAUCUUCAGCUGGUUAUUAGAACAUUAGAAACUAAAGGUAUGAAUCCUCCAUAAGUUCAGACUAAAAUGUAUUAGAACCUUGUCAUACACUGCUGUAUCUUCCCUGAUGCCAGUGUGUGAGUUCAAGUGUGUGAUCAGUGUAGAGAGCUCUGGGUGUUCAGGUGUCUCAGGCGGAUCACUGUACAUCUGUGGUGGGCCUUUUCUGCAUUCCCAAAGGACAUCUCUGGGACUGUUUGGAGUGACUCUCAGCCAGAGAGGUGGUGUUGCCAGCCACCACAGGGACACCCCUCCACCCUUCAUGGAGGUGCAGCUGUGUGUCUCUUGCCAUUUCCUGGGACCCCUUCUACCAACACCAAGCUGACAUCAGCUUCCUCCAGAUCCCAGCUCUCAGAUGUAGCCUGCCUCCAAUGCCUCCUAGACAGUAGCAGCAAUCUGAUCCCUUUACACUUUCUCCAGGCCACACUCCAGGGAGAAGUAAAUAAUUUUGAUCUCAGUGCUUUACUAACACAUGAAGAAACCUACCAUGGAUUUUUCUAGCUCUGAGAUCUUCCUGUCAACAGCAAAAGACACUUUGUGCUCCAAAUCCCACAAACAGCAUGCCUACAGUUUGAUAUCAAAAUAGUGCACUGCUGAAAGCUCCUGGAGUCUGGUGACAAAACCCACACUGUCAGCUUGUGACAGGGUGAACAAAUACACAGAAAUGAAAUGUGUUCUUUAUGAGAUUUUGCGAAGUGUAUUGGUGUAAAGACAGGUGUGCCUAAAUUUGUGUUGUUCAGUGUGUGGUGGAGAUGGAACAUAGGGCUUAUGUAGUGCUGGUGAUGUAAAAAAUGAGACCAUGACAUAACAGUCACAAAAACUGCAGUGCAGUUAUAACUCCACAACUGAAUGGGCAUUCUUGAGUUCAAGCAUGCUAGGAGAAUAAAGUACUACAUCAAAAUCAAAAAAGGUGGUGGAAUUUGUGCUGGCUCUUUUGGCUUUAGCAUAAGGUGCUGGAGUCUUGCGCUGUUUCCAAUAUGGUUUUAGUUGACAACAGGUGUUUAUUUCUAGUAUAUUAGCCAUUAUGGGAUUGUAUCUUGUGCAUUCUGCUCAAUUUUUAAAGCAUUGAGGAUUUUUUUCAGUUUUGUUUUUGUUUUUAUAGUUAAAAUCAGCCUUAACACCUAAUUAAUUAGGGAAGUGUGCCAGCAUUCAGUUUUCUUCCUCAGUUUUUGCUGCUGUGAGACAACUGUGCCAAAGUGCCUGCCAUAUAAUGGAAAUGUUUUCAUGAAAACUUUAUAUGAAUGUAAGUUUAUUGUUAAUCGGUUUGGUUUAAUGCAAAAUGCAGAGGCAAUAUUGUAAAUGAUAACUGCAUAUGCAUUUAGCUUUAAAAUCCCACUCUGAACCCCUAUAUUAAAAAAAAAAAACAAACCCAAAUAAAAACUCUGAUUGUGUUAAAUUUUCCCUGUGGACAAUGCAGAAUAGUCUUUGGCAGAGGAGUGUUUCUCUUGUUCAUACAUAGAUAUUUAAUAUAGAUAAGUCUGCUCUGGCUUAGCUAGUCCAGGUUUGAGAUGAUAAAUCUGGCUAGGAUGAAUUUUAUACUGGGUUUCCUAAAUUACAGUCAAUCUAGAAAAUGCAAAAAAACCCAGCCCAUUUUGUGCUUAUGGAUUCUUUUGAGAUUAUAGGAACGCACAUAUUUUAUGAUCAGAAUCUGGCUUGAAUAUUUUGGUUGUUUGCCUUGGCCUUGAAGUUGUGCAUUUUAUUUAGUGAAGAUGGAGUUUCUGAAGGAUUCCCCUUUUUACCAAAUGGAGUUCUAAACUGCAACAUCAAAGUGCCUUGAAAGCAUAUAUUAAAUCAAUAAACUUUUUGUUUAUAAUCUAUCCACUUAAUGUUUUGUGCUUUCUUUAAAGACCUGUGAAGUGCAGAGACACAAGAGAAUCCCAGUGCCAGUAACGGCAUUCUUCUGAGUUUUCUGAUGUUGUAUUUUUUAAAUUGCACAUGCUGAGGUGGCUGCUGGCCUGAGCCCAGUGUGGCUCAGUGUGUGUGGCUGGAAAAGGAGAGACAUCUCAUCAGGUUCACCUAACCUGGCUAUGUCUAGCACUUGCAGGAAUGUAAUAUCAAAAUAAAUGCAUUGAUUUGAACUUGCUCCAACAGGACUGCACUGGGGUUUUUUUGCGAAGGAUUUUCUGUUAUUUAACUACAGCUGAUUUUAAAGUAUAAAGUUCUUAAAUAUGUUAAUACAUUAGUGCUGUUUAUUCUUUGAUUUUCAUCUUGAUCAACCGUACCCCCUCACUUUAGCCUUACACCAAAUGCACCGUUCAACCCGAUUUUUUUUCUCAGUUAGAAGUUAGCUAGUCUGUAAUUGUUCCUGUACAUUGAGGUGAGGAACUUCAUCUUGGGAUGUCAGAAAUGUUGGUGGCCCUGGGGAGCAGCUUCCCAUACACCAUGAAUCAGUGCCCUGUGCACAGAAAUCUGUCAGCAGUAGUGAGUUGUGUCCCCCUCCUGCACCUCAGAAAAUGCUAGUUUGGAAAGAAGAGAAACUAGGACAGAAAUGGUGAUAAGCCCUUUACAUUUUCCUUUUAUUAAAAUAUGGGUGAGGGCCAGCUACAACUUUUCCUGCUGUAGCCUCUGCUACCUUCUACGAUUCCAAAUUCAGCAGAGAGUCUACUUACGUGGCCUCCAAUCUGCUUUGCACCACUUUUUUCAAGUCAGUCCUUGUGGUGCUAUGCUGAAGUACAUUCUGUGAAUAUUUUUAAACAGGCUGAAAAUAAUUGUCCUGGCAUAUUCAAUGGAAACUAUAAUUAUUUAUCUUCACUCAUUUCAAGCUAAAUUAUUCGUGCCAGGGUUUGCAUAUCCCAAAUGCAGUCCCAGAACAAAAUGUUCUUUCAUUGCAACUGGUGAAAUCUAUAUUUUCACCUCUGUUUGUAGGGAGAUUCUGCAUGGUGAAAUGCUUGCUUUACUUGAUCGUUUCCUCAUUUCCAGUCUUGCUGCUUGGUUGUUUCUGUGGAAAUGCUUUAUACGUGCUGGUAGGAACUGCUAGACAUGAAGUUAUUUGCAGAGGGAGGUUUUAGCUGCAAAACAUUUGCAUGACUUCACAGUGAGAGGGGCAUUAGUUUACAUAAAUUUAUUGGGGAAAACAAAGGAGGAGCAGAUUGGGCAUUGGGAUGGGAGUGUCAGAACUCCUUGCAAGAACAGACGCAGUAGAUGAAAAUGUAAAAAUGUGGCUGAUCAUAGGGAUUUGCUCCAGUUAUCUUGCACAGGUACAAGAUGUGGUGUAUGAAAGCACAUUGCUGAGGAAAUUCUCGAGAGAAUUCAAAAUGAGUAAUCAAGAGCUUGCAUUUCAUAUACAAGUGUAGACAUUUAAGUACAUAUCAAUGAAAUUGAAUCUCUUAAGGCAGAGGCGCGUAGGAUGUUGUUUUGAAACAUGCAAAGCCCCCGGGAAUCUGCUUUGCAGGCAGUGAAUGCUGAGGAAGGGAUUGGUUAGAGAGGCAGGGGGAUAUAGGAGGAUUGCAGAGGCAAGCUUGCUGGGAUUAGAUGGUGUUUCUAAAAAUGGGAAGGUCAUUUGGAGGCAGACCCACGGGUUUGUUUGAAAGGCAAAAUUGAUGUGCUGGCCUGUGCCUUAGGCAAGCAGGCUAUGAUCCGUCACUCUGCCUGGGAAGAGAAAGCAUCAAGGUGAGUUUUGCUCCUACUAGAAGGGAAAGUCUUGCUUAGAGAUGAGUGUCAAGACCUAGAAGCACAGUUUGCCUUUUCUUUUGUUUCCCUCUGCAGCUGACAAGAGCUAUUAUUUCUAUUAGCAAUAAAUCAUCUAUGGCAUGAACAUUUUGAAUUUUGACUUAAGAAGGUUUGUUCAAGAAGUCCAAUUGUGGAGUUCAUCGGAUCAGAUCACUAAAAUCCUUCUUUAUAUAACCACCACCCAGACUGCUUGAGCUAAGUUGCCUAGGGUGUAAUUCAGAUGUUAGAUCUGUUGGCAUGAGUGUUACCUUAAAAAUAGAGUUGUAGUGUUCCUAGUGUCUUGGUCAAAGUGCAGAAAGGAAUAGGAUGAACUUGCUUUGGAUUUUGACUGAUUAUAUUAAUUGGAAGCAGUUAAUGAUUAAUGGUAAAUCUCGUAAUCUGCAGAUACUGAAAGGUAUUUGUAAGUAGGACAACAGAGGUCUUGAUUUUGUUCACAGAGCUAACUACAGAGACAAAUAUGGACCUGAGCUUAAUCCUUAAAAGAAAUUAGUGUAUCUGGAGAGCUGAUCUCAUUUACACAUGGCUGCACAAAAUACUGUUGAAAAUCACUAGGAUAAGGUUAAGUCAGGUGUAGAAGUAAGAAGUGGGAUGAAUCAACUAGAACAAACAACUGCCUUCUCCAUUGACUGUCUCAUUCAAUCUGUAUUAGCCAUUUAAAAUCCUAUACACUUCUAGUAAUGCUGUAAUCAUCAGUGAGUACCCAUUUUCCUUCCCAAAAUCACCUUGUUCCUGGUUGCAGCACUUAGGUUCAUUUAGUCUCUCCUGUGGUGCUGUUUUCUGGGAUUCAGAGACAUCUCCUUGGUUGUGAGCAUGGGAUCUGCCCUCAGAAAACCAGUACUUCUGUGCAUGCCAUUCAGGAGCAAGGAGGGGGAUAAUGGUUGGUCACCACUGAUCUCUGUAAUGGCCUACUUUAAUCUGAACCCGCAAUUUAAACUUAAAGGCACUUCAAACCCAUUUCCAUUUCAUGGGUUCCCUAGAAUGCCUGAAAGGUUGUAAAAUGGGUUCAUGGUCCCUCUCUGUGACUCCACAGCUCAGGAAGCAGCAGCUUGUUCCCUCAACACCGAGCUCAGCCUGUGCUGUGCUUGGCAGACCUUGGACAUUUAGCAGCCUAUUUAAUUCGUGUCCCACUAGGCUGCUGCACAGACAGAGGGCGAGAGCCUUCACUGCCUGGCCUCUCUGCACUCCUCCCGCUGUUGGAGAGGGGCCCUCUCCUGCAUCUUCAGUGCAGCUGCAGAGGAAGGAGUUGCUCUCAGGGGCUGUCAGGAAGUGGAACCCCGAUCUGGUUUCACAGAUGCCCUGCUGCCACCCUGCUGGGGAGGUCUCAGGCUGGCUGCUGUGAGCAGAGGGCUGUACUUUGCUAAGAAAUGUGUAUAGCUUUGUUCUGCUUUAGAAUUUUAACUUCCUUCAAAAAAAUCCACAAAAAAACCUAAACCCCUUUUUUGACACAAACACAGAAGAAUAAUAUAUAAGCACUUAUAUCAGAACCUCUGUCAGAUACUGGAAUAGUUGUAAUCUCCUCCCAGGCUUUAGAGCUACAGUCUGUAUAGGAUGAAUGUACAUACUGAAUGCAGUUUUGCCCAUUAUCUCAGUAAUAGUUUUAAGUAAUUCUUCUUUGUGGGUGCUGUCAUUUUCUUUAACAAGUCUGACUGCCUAGGAAUUCACUUGUCUCUGUUAAGGAACUGUUAUGUGAUUUAAUUGCUCAUUGGCCACAAAUCACCAAUAUGUGUUUAUUUUAUGGGAAAGUUCAAUGAGAAAAUGUUUCCAUGCAUAGAUUUUGGAACAGAAAGUUUCUAAUAUUUCAAAUGUUUGAAAAUAUUUGUGAACUCUUGGAGCUGAGAAGUGUAUUUCAAGGAAUAGCAUGGCUGCUGUUGGCAACUUGUCCAACUCCUACUGCUUUGGAAAAAACCACACCAACUCUGCUAUGCAUGGGUAACUGUAGAAUAAUUUGAAAUAAAUAGAAGAAUUUUUCUUGUCUUCAUACUCUUUUCUGGUAUGCAAGACACAAACCUGUUUAUUUCUUAGCUAUUGAUACAAUAAACAAAAUAAAGUAAAAAUGAUGAAGCCAGUUGUUUGUACAGCCAAUGCAGAGUCCAUUGAGACUGAGUGCCUUUCUUUAGCAAGUGCAGAGCAGCUGUAACUGGAAAUGUGUUUGGAUGCUGUGUGGGUAAAUCAUCCAGUUUGUUAUACUGUCAGCAUGUGCUUAAGAAAUACAAAAAGUGGAUCCAUCAAGAAUCUCAAAACGGUGUUUUAUUUUCUGGUUUACAAUUUCCGUAAAGGAAUGGACGUUGUUUUUCUAUUCGGAGAUAUUUAUGUUUACAAAGUAUUUCUCUGAGCUCAACUUUUUGUCCCAUUCUAGAGUAGAUGACAAAAGUGACUCAUAGGUUCUGCACAAGCACGUGAUACUGAAACAGGGAGAUGCCUGACUCAAAGUUUCUGCAAACUGCCUUUGAAGAGUCCACAGACACAGGAAAUGGCAUGGCCUCUCUUGCUUUUAGGGCAGACAAACAGGACUCCUACAUUCUUUGAAAAGAAAAUGGAUCCUGGAGAAAUGGAUAGUUACACAGCAAAUCUGUAGCAUCUCUGGUUGGAACUGACUCUGUGUCAAUUUGGUCCUUCAAACCUGACUCAGAAGGGAUCUCACAUGGGGGUGUAAUGGGAGCAAGCACUGUUGGCACUAGGAUGUUGCUCAGCCUGUGAAAUUUGAAAUUUCAUGGGUUGGCCAAAGCCACUAAUAAAAUGGAAGAACAUCAAGUGAGCUCUUUCACACCGAGGUUAAAGAACAACAAGGACCUGAAAUCACUGUACCAGCACUUGAUGACAUACACCAGCAUUCACCAAACCUUCAACACUCCAGUAGAAGCCCUGACAGUGAGUGCCUGGCCUCACUGGAAAAUGCUGAGAUCAGAAUGGCCUUUCUUUGGGCUUGCCUUGGAUUUACAAUCUGCUGAGUGAUGGAGUAGAGAGCUUGGACUGGCAUUUCAAGGUCUCAAAUGAUCCAGCUCUAGCCUACAUCUUCCCACUAGGUCUACAAAUCCCAUAUACUCAGGGAAAGUCUUGGCUUGAUUAGGAAAGGAUGGUAAUUGGGACAUUCAUGUAAUGUUGGGGAAAUCCAGAUUUAAACCUUCUGUCUCUGACUGAGAAAAUGUCCCCUUCCAUUCCCAGAAAAGAGUCCAAACCUGUGAGCCACACAGGCUCUUUGCAAAAAUACUGCAGGAGCAAGAGACACUAAAUCAUGUAGGGUGCUCUCCAGAGAACCAGGGUCAAGAUUUCAGUAAGCCAGAUGGAUGUUCUUUUCCCAUUGCUAUGUGCAAAAAGCAUGGGAAAAUAAGUUUUCCUGUGGAGGAUCCUCCAGGGCCUUCUGGGGGGAGCUGCUGAGCUGGCUUAGCUGAUACCUGAGUCAGUGACUGGUGAGUGCUGGCUGUCUGUGGGGAAUGGAGACGGGCCCUUCCUGUAGCCCACAGCUGGGAACCAACCUCUCUUUCAUGACACAGACCUUGUUCCUUUUGUUUGGCACAGGCAGAUCCAGGCCCUUAUCAGUAGUUAUUAUGAAAACUUUUUUCAGAUGUGUAAUGCUCUGUAUCUAACACAUUUACCUUGCUGUUUUUAUUUGUAAUUUCUUUUGAUGUAAAGUCACUGACUCCCAGCCUGUUUUUGUCUUAGUAUUCAGGUAUUCUGCAACAAAAGCAUUGCAUACAUUUUCUUCUCCAGACAACCACCUGUAGAUGUUAAUACCAAGGGUUUUUCUUUUCUAAUUGUUUUACCACUUCUUUUUUGUUGUUACUUUCAGUUCUCACAUAGAUGGUCCCACAGAAAUCAUAUCACACAUUCCUGCAGCCCCAGGCAAAGCAAAUUUUCUGACGUUUUACUGCUACACAGCAGUUACUUCACAGACACAUUUUCCCAUUGCUUUUGCAAUAAUGCUUACUUGGUUUUCAAGUUUUGAUGGGUUAUAUUCAACUAUGUCUUCUUUGU